UAGUUCAUCCAGAGUGAAUGUACUACUUGUUAUAAAAGAAAGAACUUGCAAGUGAAAAGCUUUUGCUUUACUUAAAAGGAGAAGAGAAAAAGAACCAUGUCAGGCCCUCAGUGCUGUUCAAACCCACCAACACUGGACGCUGCAAGCGGAGCUGGUCACGUCGAGAACCUUGCUGGCUUCAACACUUAUGUCUCUGGAUCCCUCCAAUCCAAGCGUGCUAUUCUUCUUGUCUCUGAUAUUUACGGAUAUGAGGCUCCAAACUUGAGAAAGCUUGCAGACAAGGUUGCAUCUGCUGGGUUCUAUGUGGUGGUUCCCGACUUCUUUUAUGGAGAACCCUACGACAGUGACAAGCCUGAUAGACCAAUAGCUGCUUGGCUAAAGGAUCAUGAACCGGUUAAAGGUUUCGAGGAUGCAAAGCUAAUAAUUGAUGCUUUGAAAAGUAAAGGGGUUUCAUCAAUUGGAUCUGCUGGGUUCUGUUGGGGUGCUAAAGCUGUGGUUGAACUGUCAAAGGUUGCCCUUAUCCAAGCAGCUGUGAUGUUACAUCCUUCCUUUGUGACAGUGGAUGAUAUCAAGGGUGUGAAGGUGCCUAUUGCGAUAUUGGGAGCUGAGAUUGACCAAAGGUCUCCCCCGGAACUUAUAAAACAGUUCGAGGAAAUCUUAAAAGCCAACAAGGUCGAUAACUUUGUGAAGAUAUUUCCUAAAUGUUCUCAUGGAUGGACGGUCAGGUACGAUGUCAAUGAUCCAAUAGUUGUGUCCUGCGCUAACGAAGCUCAUAAAGAUAUGCUGGAGUGGUUCACCAAAUACGUCAAGUGAGGAAAAUAUCUGAUGAUGAUGAUGGAGUUUACGCUCAUCGUCUAAAUAAGAGUGAAUUUUAAUGCAUUGUGCCUGAUCACGUAUGAUGAACGCUGUAGUAUUUUCGAAAAGUUUGAACAGAUUUGUUGUGUAUGCUGUACCAUUUAGCCAAUGCAUUGAAAUUUCUGUUAUGUGGUUCGACGUUAAGGUCUCUGUUAUAAAUUCCAAGGAUAGCGGAGAAGAUUGUUUGGUUGAAAA